AUGCCUUCUGUUCUGGUGGGUUUCAGGUUCCGCCCAACUGAUGAAGAACUGAUCAGUUAUUUCCUCUACAACAAGAACAAUGUCGGCACAAUGGCAGAAGUGCCAUCAAUGGCUGCAUACAAUUACAACAAAAUUAUGCCCGAGCUUGACCUUUAUGGUGAUGUAGAACCAUGGCAGAUUUGGGAAACGUAUGGGGGAUCGGAACUGUAUGACCAGGAUAUGUUCUUUUUUACACAGCACAAGACGGUAAACCCCGAUGGUUUACGCAUUCAUCGCAAGGUUGGAUCUGGUGGUACUUGGAGUGAAGGAGAACCUGGCAAACUUAUUUUUGAUCCAAAGCAUAAGCAGAAACCUAUUGGACAGAAAAGGAAAUUUCGAUAUGAGAAUAAAGGGUCUGACCACAAUGGUUCUUGGUAUUUGGAAGAGUAUAGUCUUCUUCUUACUAACUCUGCAAAUUAUGUACUUUGUCGGCUCCGACAGAACAUCAAGACACGAAAGAAGAGGAAGGAGAUAUUAUUGUGCCAAGAAUCUAGUGCAUUGCCAAUGAGUUACAUACCUGUAGGGUUCAGGUUCCACCCCACGGAUCAAGAGUUGAUCAGUUACUUCCUCUACAACAAGCUGACAGAGGAAGCAUCAUUAUACAGUUACAAAAACAUUGUGUGCGAGUUUGAUCUUUUUGGAACCACAGAACCUUGGGAGAUUUGGGACAUGUAUGGGGGACAUGAGUUGUGCAACCAAAACUUGUUCUUUUUCACAAAGCUCAAGAAGGCGAGCCUCAACGGCUCACGCAUUCUCCGCAAGAUUGGAUCAAGUGGGACUUGGAGCGAAACAGAUGCCUCCAAGUUGAUUAAAGAUGAGGAAUUGCAAAAACAUAUUGGGCGGAGGAGGAAACUGCGAUACGAGAGCAAAUGUUCCAAACACCACGGUCAUUGGUAUUUGGAUGAGUAUAGUCUUCUAGAUGCUAAAUCAGAUUAUGUGAUUUGUAGACUGCGAAAGAACAACAAAUCACCACUGCCAUUGUCUGAAUGGAAUGGAAACAAGAGAAAGUACAGUGCAUUAUGCCAAGAAUCAAAGGAGAAGCAGAAGCUGCUUUCUGUUACUAACAAAAAGCUAAUGCGAAAGCAAAGUAAUGUGAUGAUGAAUAUAACCAACAACAAGAACAACUUGUCUGACCAGCCAAUAGAUCAGACAAAGAGGACGGAACCUUGCACGAAAUUCAAAUUAUUUGGCGUAGAGAUAGGUUCUAACUUCUAA